AUGACUAUUGUAAAUCCUCAUGCUGAAACGGCUCAAAAGGCCCUGACUCUCUUAAAAGAACUAUCUAGUACUUUGGAAGGCUGGGAAUUUAGCGAGGAGAAAGAUGGCGUCAAGCUAUACCACAAGACGGAUGACUCGAACCCUAUUGCCAUUGUUCGUGGUGAAACAGAUCUGGAAGGCCAUGAAUUCACCACUCAGCAAGUCGCUUCUGUAGCUACCUUGCCCGGUUGUAGAAAAAUUUGGGACGAUAAGUUUGAUACAUCCGAGAUCAAGGAAAUGUACAGUAGAAGCGAGUCUCUGUUCUGGAGCAAGCUCAGAGCACCAUGGCCUGUUUACCCCCGUGAUAUCGCUGGUACCUCUCUCCGUGAGAUAUCAGACAACGAAUGCUGUGUUGUGAUGGCUUCAGUUGAGGAUGAAAAUGUGCCUGAAGUUUCAGGCUGUGUCCGUGCUAAUUUGAUUGUCUCUGGAUGGAGAAUUACCAAGACAGACUCUGGCAUCCACAUUACAUACAUCACUCAAAUUGAUUUGGCUGGCUAUAUUCCAACAUCGUUCUUGAAGAACAUUGAGCAACAAGUACCUCUUUGCGCUGGUGCUGUCGUCAACUACAUCAAAGAACACGGCUUUGCUCCCACUACAAUUGAUUGCACUGCACGCUUUAAGACUGAGAACUUUGAGCAUGACACAAAGGAGUACUCUUGUAAUGUGGAUGGCACAGGUGACAUCAAGUGGGUUAGUUCGACCAAGAUGUAUCCUAACGAUGUCAACGUAUCCAUCAUUGGCAGCGGCGGAAAUGCUCAAUCUACUGUUGAGCUUGAUGAUAGGAAUAACCACAUCAUCACUGUUUCAGGCAUCAAUGGUCCUACCACCAUUCGAAUUACAUGCAAGUAA